AGCACACCAAGUACUAUGUGGGUAACCAGGAUUAUAGAAAGGUCAGGUCAUCAAAGGUCAGCAGGGGUCAACCAGAGCUUGGCGUCACUAAAACGGAGCGACAACGUCGAAAAUCAAGACAACAUGGAUGAAGACACAGACAUGUCAAAGGUCAUGGGGUUUUCUUCCUUUGGAGGAACAAAGAAAAAAGCCAUGACUUUUGACCUUGACUCCAUACUUGAACAGACCAAGAAGACAGCGCAAGAAAGGUCACGGAAAGUGUUUGAGGAGAGAGAGGCAGCAAGAGGAAGUGACAGUUCAGAUGAGGACAGGAUGCCCCCACCCCCUCCCAGACCUCGCUCUGGCCCCCAACCUUCCACCUCAGCAGCCAGCCAGAAACCAUCACCAGAUUCAGACUCAGAUGAUUCAGACUCAUCAGAUGAUGAAAUGAUCGGACCACCACUACCUCCACCUCAAAAGACAGCUGCAGGUAAAGACGCAGAUGAAGAGUUUAUCGGCCCUCCUCUGCCUCCCAGGGACUCUGAUGAGGACAGUGAUGAGGAAGAGGAGGAGGAUCCCCUUGAUAAGAGAAUACCUGCGAGUCAUGAGAUCACAUUGGAACAUGGAAAUAAAACGGUGUCUGCCCUUGCCCUUGACCCGUCUGGGUCGCGGCUGAUCACAGGAGGCUACGAUUACGACAUUAGGUUCUGGGACUUUGCGGCGAUGGAUGCCAGCCUCCAGUCCUUCCGCACAAUACAACCCUGCGAAUGCCACAACAUCAGAUCCCUGGCCUACACCAUAACGGGUGACAUGAUCCUGAUAGCAGCAGGAAACUCCCAGGCCAAGGUUUUUGACAGAGAUGGGUUUGAAGUGCUGGAGUGUUCUAAAGGAGACCAGUAUCUACAGGACAUGGCCAAGACUAAGGGCCAUGUAGCGUCCCUCAACAGUGCCUGCUGGCACCCAAGGACCAAGGGACUGUUUCUGACCUGCUCAGAUGAUAGCACAGUCCGAAUAUGGGAUGUUGAGUCGGAGGGUAAGAAACACAAGACGGCCUUCAAGGCCCGAUCUCAGCAGGGCAGGAAGACUGGAGUCACCUCCUGUGGGUUCAGCAGGGACGGAAAACUCAUCGUGGGGGGAUGUGAGGAUGGAUCCAUUCAGAUCUGGGAUGCCAACUUGAAUGUCCACACCAAGUAUCUGCAGAGAACAGCCCAUCAGAAUGGAGCUGGGAUCACCUGUGUCAGCUUCUCAUAUGAUAACAGAGCACUGCUGUCAAGGGGAGGUGAUGACACCAUGAAACUGUGGGACAUCAGGAGCUUCAAGAGACCACUAAACGUAGCAACCAAGCUGCAGUGCUUCUACCCAAUGACUGAUUGCACGUUCAGCCCUGAUGAUAAGAUGGUGGUGACAGGUACACAGGUGAAGAAGGGAGAGGGGAAUGGCAAACUGGUGUUCCUGGACAGGGAAACCUUCAGGACGGUGGAUGAGAUAGAACUGGAGGAUACUGGUGUAGUCCGGUGUCUGUGGCAUUACAGGUUAAACCAGAUCAUUGUUGGGUGCAGCAACGGCAAGGCUAAGGUCUUCUACGAUCCUAACAAGAGCCACAAAGGAGCCAAACAGUGUGUUGUGAAGACCAAGAGAAGUAUGAAACAGGUGGAGACUGUGGUGCAUGAACAGAUCCUCACACCUCACGCCCUUCCGAUAUUCCGAGAGAACCGGCGCGGGCGGAUGGCGUGGAAACAGCUGGUGAAGGAUCGCUCGGACCCCCUGCGGUCUCACAGACCCGACCUCCCUGUCAGUGGAGCUGGUGCUGGUGGUAGACUGGGAGCGACCGGCAGUACACUGUCAUCCUACAUCUCCCGAACCAUUGCCCCCAACAUCAUCGAUGACUCCAACCCUCGAGAGUCCAUCCUGCGCCACGCUAAGGAGGCAGAGGAGAACCCUGUGUACCUCGGUCACGUGUACAAGAUAACGCAGCCUGACCCUAAACUGGCAGAGAAGACGUUAGAACAGGAGAUAGACGAACAGGAGGCCAAGGAGAAGGACACAACACCUGCCUGGAAGAAACUCAAGCUGGCAUAAGGGAAAACAACUUAAGAAGGCCAACUUGUUUAACAAAUAUCUUCCUAGUAUGUCAUGCCUGUCCCACCAUAGGGCAGCAAGUUUUAUUGGGAUUCUCUGUAGCAAGAUUUUUAAGUACUAAACCCUGACCCUAAAGUCUAGACUGGCAGAGAAGACAUUAGAAAGCCGAGGAGAAUGACACUACGUCUGCCUAGAAGAAACUCAAGCUGGUAUAAAGGAAAAAACACACUGUCUCUGGCAUCCAUAGUCCAUCUUGUCUUUUGUGUUACCAACACACCAGGUUGUGCAUGAUGUAUCAUAGUAAUACAUGCAUCAAGUUCUCUUGAAUCGCAAGAUUUUAGAGUGACAAAAAACAAACAGUGGCUCUGGCAUCCAUAGUCCAUAGUCCAUCUUGUCUUUUGUGUUAACAAAACCUUUGUGGGUUUGUGUAUGUUAUGUAUCAUUAUGAUCUAGUAAAACAUGCAGCAAGUUGUCUUGCUAUAAUCUGUAGCAAAAUCUUUUUAGUUACAAAAAUGCAUGGGGAACAACAUGCUAGCCCUUUUGCCAUCUUAGUAUUGUCAAAAAACCACUUGCCAAACAUUAUGAAAAUUACUUUAGCCAUGCCUCAAGUAAUGUCUUCCUCAGACAAAGAAAUGUUGUUAGUCUGUCACUAAGAAAUAUCCACAAACCACCUACAGCUAACACUAAAAACAUGACCUCUUUUGGUGGAGACUAAGAAAAUCAUUUUAUCAAUGUUAAUGUUUGAACAAAAACAUGUGGAAUGCAAACACAGAGUCUGCCCGGUUUUAACCUUUACCCAUUUGUGAGGGGGCCUACAUGGUCUUUGGUCUUGAUAAUGUACAUAGUCAAAGGUCCCAUGCAUUGUAUAUCAUUAGUCAAAUAAAAUGUUUGCACGUUU